GCUCGAUACGUGUGCGGUUUCUUCAGGUUCAACGUGGACAUUCAGGGCGGUUUAGCCGCAGACCCGCUGCGCCAUGGCUGCGGCUGCUGGUCUCUCCCUCCUGGUGCUGAUGGCGCUGCCGGCCGCGCAGAACCAGCCCCGUUACUAUGAGGUCGGCAAGUCGGUCCAUUUGGGACCCAGCUUUCACCCAGCCCAUCACCUACAUCGCCUGGAAGUUCAACAAGAGCUUUGCAGCCGAAUACUACAAGAAAACAGGUAUCAUGGGCUAUCGGAAUCCGUUCAAAGGCCGAGCAGAACUGGACACGAACACCGCAUCUCUGACCAUCCGCGACCUGAGGACCACUGACCGCGGGGUGUUCACGGUGGCCAUCAACGAGAAGGAGAUUCCUGCCAGCUAUCACAUCGUGGUGGUCAGGAGGCUGGACGACUACCCUGUACAGGUCACCGUGAGGCCGCGGGGCUGCAGCAGUCAAACCUCCAGGACCUGCACCCUGGUCUGUGGGGAAAACUUUGCAGAUGCCGAACCCGUCCAGUACUUCUGGAAGAAAGAAAACCAGCAGUGGACGGAGGGCAAUAAGACCAUCACCGUUUCUGUUUUCAACAACACCCAGAGCUUUCCACGCUACACCUGCAAAGUGAAGAAUCUGUUCAGCGAGAAGGAGAGCGACCCGACAGCGGACCCCUUCAGGAAGCCCAGCAGCUGCGGUCCCGGUCCCGGUCCCGGUCCCGGCCCGCGGACCGCGCUCCUGCUGCUGGCCCUUUUAGCGGCCGGACCGGCACUUACCGUCUGACUGGUCAAGAAGCGCCAUUUGUUCAAAGUCUUUUUGGUUUACAUCGUGAAAAAUAAUAUAAAAACAAAUUAAUUUCAAAAAUACGUUUAUUUUUCCCAAAAGGUAAAUUGCGCAAUAGGUUAUGCAGUAGAAGUUAUUAAACAUCAC